AGGCAAUGCUACGUUGGAUACCAGUUAUUUGUUCUGAUGCAAGGGGUUUGCCUGAACCCUACAUGCAAGUUGAUAAAAAAGCUCUAGAGGGUGAUGCUUUGGUGUUAUCUGAUCACAAACAAAAUUUUCUACUUCUUGAAAGAGCGGUAUCAACUAUUGAAUCACGUUAUACUACACGUGUUCUUAGAACCACUGCAUCGAUUCGUAAACGUUUGAAUGCAGAUAAUUUAACACAAAUCAUUAAAGAUGCUUACCCAAAAGAUUCUGCUGAUAAAAGUAGACUUUUAAGUUAUUUGGGAAAGGAGUCUGGAAUUAUGGAAGUUGACAUGGAUGAUGGAGUAAAUGGUGGUGGUCAAGGACACAUUAUACCUGAAAUUGAUCUUUAUCUCCAUUUGAUGGUGAUGAUAUAUUUAUUGGAUAAAAAAGAUUUCGAAAAGGGUAUUCAAUUGUCCAAUGAAACACGUCUAAAGAUCCAAAAAUUAAAUCGACGUACUUUGGAUCAAUUGUCUGCUCGUAUUUAUUUUUAUUAUGCAAGAUUUUAUGAGUUAACAGGAAAUUUGGGAGAAAUAAGACCAGUUUUGUUAGCAGCUCAUAGAACAGCUACAUUGCGACAUGAUGACGAUACUCAGGCCACAUUACUCAAUCUUUUAUUGAGAAAUUAUUUCCACUAUAAUCUUUAUGAUCAAGCUGACAAACUUGUCACUAAGACCACUUUUCCGGAAUCAUCUGCUAACAAUCAACAGGCUCGAUAUAUGUAUUACCUAGGACUUAUCAAGGCCAUUCAGCUUGAUUAUACAGCUUCACACACUCAUCUAUUACAAGCAAUUCGUAAAGCACCUCAAAAUUAUACUACAGCUGGCUUUCAACAAACAGUUUAUAAAUUAUCAAUUAUUGUACAACUACUUAUGGGAGAGAUUCCCGAACGAGCUUUGUUUAGACAACCUGUAUUAAAGAAACCAUUGGUUCCAUAUUUAAAGCUUGUUCAAGCUGUAAGAAUUGGUGAUUUAUCAAAAUUCCAAGAGGCCUUGGCAAAAUAUGCUGAAGUUUUUCGUAAAGACAAAAAUUAUACAUUGAUUUUAAGGCUUCGACAUAAUGUAAUAAAAACAGGAAUUAGAAUGAUUAGUUUAUCAUACUCGCGAAUAUCUUUACGUGAUAUUUGUUUCAAAUUACACCUAGACAGCGAGGAAGAUGCUGAAUAUAUUGUUGCAAAGGCUAUUCGUGAUGGUGUGAUUGAUGCUACUUUAGAUCAUGAAAAAGGAUUUAUGAAAUCAAAGGAAAAUGCAGAUAUUUAUUCAACCAAUGAACCACAAAUUGCUUUUCAUCAACGUACUAGUUUUUGCUUAAAUCUUCAUAAUGAAUCAGUCAAGUCAUCAAAACAUAGAAGGAAAAGUUGGAGUAGUUAUACUGAUUCAUGUCUUGAAUCAGCAGUAAACACUUUUGGAACAAGCAAGGAUUGGAGUGACUAUUGUAGAACAGUUUUCAAUACUAGUUUGAUUAUAGGCAUAAUAAGUGUCAUAAUUGUAUUUUUAUUUUCGGCAUAUUUUGUAAUAGUAAUUAGAUCUUAUAAAUUAAAGAAAAGAGCAAAAGAAGAAAAAAGUUAUCAUACUGUUGAACCUAAUUAA